UUUACGACACCGUACGCGCAGUUCCUCUUCGCUUCGGUUCAAGAUGGCUUCGUCGUUUUGGAAAGGUGUUGUCGGCAUCGGACUUUUCUCCUUAGCUCAUGCGGCUUUCUCAGCGGCACAACAUCGAUCAUACAUGCGACUUACAGAGAAGGAGCAUGAGACGCUACCAAUUGAUAUUGUACUGCAGACUUUGUUGUCAUUUAUCAUGACCUGUUACGGUAUUGUCCACAUCGCUGGAGAGUUCAAAGAUAUGGAUGCUUCCUCAGAGCUGAAAAACAAGACUUUUGACACUCUGAGGAACCACCCAUCCUUCUACCUUUUCAAUCACAGGGGUCGGGUGCUAUUCCGCACACCAGAGGAGGAGCCCUCUUCUGUACGCAACCAACAAGCUCUGCCCAACCCCAUACGGUUACGCAAGCUGGAGCAUUUGCACUGAGACUGGCCUUUUCCUGUCUGUAACACGGUCAUUGUCAGAUAAGAUUUGUUUUUUUUUUAGACAGAAGGAGGGAGAACGUGUCAGAAUUCAUCUUUCUCCUAUUUAACUUUUCUUUAUUUUUUUGUAAAUAAACUAAUAAUGCUGUCUGAACAUGCAUCUCUGUCCAUAACGUGGUUGCCACCAUAUUCAACACUGACUGUGCCAACCCCUCAGUUUUUGUUUUUAUUAUUUCCAAGCAGACUUGUUUGUAUAUACAGUAUGUAAACGCUUUGGAGUCUUAAAAUACUGAGACAUGUACCCCUUUGAUCCCUUCUGAACUGAACUGGGAUAUUACUCUCCUUUGUAUAUCUUUUGUAUGAAGAUACAGAUACACACUGCAAACAAAGCCUGCUUUGGUUGCUGUUUCGUUUCAAACACACGUCAGCAACUGAAAACUUUGUCAACUAAAAUGAGAUUAAUCAGUGGACUCUAA